CAAAAUAUAUUAAUUUAGCUCGAAUGGCACAAAACGCACUAAUGUGGCACACUUUUUGGCACAAUCGAACACGGUUUUGCUGGCAACACUGAUCAGCACCUGCACCAAAGUGCAUGAGCGAAAUGGCGGAAUGCAACGAAAAAUGUGGGGACUGUUCAUUUGAUUUCAGCGAGGAUAAGCAAAAAGGAGUAUGUUUGAUAAAAGAAGAGUACGUAGGUUUAUCAUCGAAGAUCACGUGAGGCAGCUAAGCGAGGAGUGUUUGACAGAAAUCGACAAGCAGAAGGUAUUUUCAGGCACAAAUGUGGAAGAUCCAGAUGUGCCAUCAUCAGAUGAGCCGUCUGCUAAAAAAUUCAAGCAGGAUGAUAAGAAGGAGAAACUUCGAGGUCAAAAUAAAGCAAGGCCACCGCCAUUUAAGGCAUCCAGGGAGUUAAGUCUAUGUCCCUGGAUCGCGGAUCAAACGGCGGACGAGCCAGAGAGAAAAUGUGUAAAUCAACGCUGCAUGUUCCUCCACAAUCGCGAAGAGUAUCUGAAGAUACGACCAGCGGACAUUGGCAUAGAAUGUCAUAUUUUUAAUAUAACUGGUAAGUGUCCGCGAGGGACCACGUGCAGAAUAGGCUCACAACAUCUCACCAAAGAUGGUUUCAAUAUUGUUGAUGAGAAGAGACUCGAGGAGUACAAAAAGCAUUCACCAUCCACAAUGAACCAUCUUUCAAAGGACUUGCAGAACAAUCUGCGUAAGCACAAGUACAACUUCGCCAGAGCAGAGGCAAUUGUCAAAGCCAAUGAUCCAUCUAGGAAGAAGAUGCAAUCGCAAUGCUCCAAGUCCAACGAGACCAACAUAAGCAAUAAGGAGACGCGUGGGACAGAAGCUGAGAACAAGCCGGGACCAAAAGUUGCGGCUGCAGAGUCCGCGAAUACCGCCGAUGAUAGCAAUUGUGUAAAAGCGGAGAAUAACCUGUCCGAGCAUAAUAUCUCAUUGGAAUCAAAACGAUCAAGAAUCGGACCCGUGGACGACAGCGACGUGAUCAAAUUGCGUCAAUCGGAGAAACGGAAGAUCGACUGGAGAAACAAGAUUCUGCUGAGUCCACUGACCACUGUGGGAAAUCUGCCGUUCCGCAGAAUCUGUAAAGAGUACGGCGCGGACAUCACGUGCGGCGAAAUGGCACUGGCGCCGAAGAUACUGAAAGGUACCCAAGAGGAGUGGGCAUUGGUGAAGAGGCACGAGUGUGAAGACGUAUUCGGCGUGCAACUGUGUGGCAACAAUCCGGGCGUGCUGACGAGAUGCGCCCAGCUACUGAAUCGCGAAAUCGACGUGGAUUAUAUCGAUUUGAACCUUGGCUGCCCGAUCGACUUGAUUUAUAGGCAGGGUGGCGGCAGCGGUAUGCUCAACCGAUUGAACGUACUGGAGACUGUGGUAAAGUCCGUUAGUCAAGUGUUGGACAUACCAUUAUCUAUUAAGACAAGGACCGGAGUUUACAUAGACAAACCGAUCGCGCAUAACUUAAUGCCCAAGUUUCAUGAAUGGGGUGUGUCCAUGAUUACUGUGCAUGGAAGAUCCCGUGAACAAAGAUAUACGAAACUAGCCGACUGGGAGUACAUAGAAAAAUGUGCCGUGGCAGCGAGUCCGGUGCCCGUAUUCGGCAAUGGUGACAUUUUAUCCUUCGACGAUUACCAGAGAAUGAAGGAGACCUACAGUACUGUUCAGGGCAUCACAAUCGGUCGCGGUGCCUUAAUCAAGCCGUGGAUCUUUACAGAGAUUAAGGAGAGAAAGCUAAUCGACAUACCGAGCGGAGAAAGAUUCGACAUUCUUCGGAAGUAUGCGAAUUACGGGCUCGAGCAUUGGGGAUCCGACACUCGCGGGGUCGAGACUACGAGGAGAUUCAUGCUAGAAUGGAUUUCCUUCCUUCACAGAUAUGUUCCCGUUGGAAUCUUGGAGAGACCACCGCAGAGGAUCAACGAGCGGCCACCGUUCUACAGAGGUCGUAACGAUAUGGAAACACUGAUGGCCAGUUCCAAUUGUGCCGACUGGGUGAAAUUAUCGGAGAUGCUGCUCGGGAAAGUGCCUGACGGAUUCCACUUUUUGCCGAAGCACAAGGCGAACUCGUGGAAAUGAUCCCGUCGCGAAGAAGGGAGACGAGCGGAUUCAUCAGUUAGUGAAACGUAUUUCCACCUUGGUCGAAUUUUCGCAAUAAUCAUUUCUAUGCAAGAGAAAGCGGCGAGACCGUUAGCUAGUAUCCGUUAUAUUUCACUUGUUCAUAUUUGUAAUACAGUGAAUAAAUAUUUUUAAGAAAG